GGCGUUUGAAGCGUUUCGUGCAUUGUUUCUCCUGAUAUAUGCGAAUUGCACAAUGUUUGGUAUUACAAGCCGUCCUUACCAUCGCUGGUCAUCAUUUGCACAAGCCCUUAGAAUACUGCAAAGUGGUACGACCCUAGCCCUCGAGCUCGACCACUCCUCGUUAUUUUUCUCCAAAAGAAAUAUUACCAGCUGCUGCCACCAUACUAAACCCGCUUCGCAUACGCCCACUUCGUCAAACUCAAUAUGGACACCCUCCCCGCUGGCGGAAUCUCGCUUGAGGUCCGGCUAUUCCCUCAAGCCUGCGCACACAAACCGUGUCGUGACCCGGCGGUAUGCCUCUACAACACCAAAGGACUCUCAACCCGAUCCCCAGGCGAAGACGGUCUCAAAACGGCCCGCUAAAAAGAUGGAGCAGUGGCGUUUGCAGAAGGAAGCUCUGAAAAAGAAGUUCCAGGAAGGUUGGGCUCCACCGAAACGCCUUUCACCUGAUGCUAUUGAGGGAGUAAGAGAGCUUCACCAGCAAAAUCCCCAGAAGUUUAGCACUGCUGUCUUGGCAGAGCAUUUUAAAAUGUCACCAGAAGCAAUCCGCCGGAUCUUGAAGAGCAAAUGGCGUCCGUCCGAGAAGGAGAUGGAGAAGAGGCGAGAGAGAUGGGAGAGACGGGAAACACGUAUAUGGGACCAUAUGUCUGAGCUUGGUUUGCGGCCUCUGAGGAAAAGACCAUCCAGCCCUGCUUCAGAUAAGUCUUCGGACGCAGAGACACGAAAUCGACAGCCGUGACGAACCUAUUCAAACUGACGCUCUCCGAUAUUUGACAUGUUCUCAACAUCCUGCACCAGCAUAACGGAUAUUAUAUGGUUAUUGACGCACACUAUGCUCCACGCACACAUGUGCAUAGCAUAUUACCAUGCCCAUAGGCUUCAUUCGAUUGCAAGCACCCUUCUUAUCCAAAGGGAUAUUAGCCCGAUGUGGGUGUUACUAUUGCGCUAGAGGAGACGCGAGCCGAUAAAAACGUCGCAGCUUUUUCAGAGGAAUUGCCCACAGAUGAUUACCAAAGGGAUUCCGGUUUUAUUAUCGAGACAAGUCCUUGAAUAUGACAUGUAUAUCCAGGAGACUUGGGAAGAGGAACCGCGAGCGCUUCCCUGUAUGCAGUGUUGUUCCCCUGUAUACAGUCUGGAGGAACAUAUAAUAUUUUACUUUGCUCUUCUAUGAGUUGAUUGGAUAGCUAGUAGGAAGCAGAUGAGCUGGCCUCGCAAUUUCUUGGACUUGCUCCUUCAUUUGUCCGUCGCGGCAAUAGCAUGGCAGAUCAAAGUGC